AUCGCAACCAAAUUACUCAAAUCGGCAGUAAAUAAAAAAUUGCAAUUCGGCCGCCAUAACAAAUAAUACAGCUCACUAUUGUCUUCUCAAUUUUGAGUUGUAAAAUCAUGAAUAUUUCCGGCGCUACUCAGUCUAUGGUGCUAAGAUCUACCCAAGAAAAGGAUGGAAUUCGGUAUGAUUCCGAUUUUGCCAGAAUCGAGCAGCUGAUUAAAGGCAACACUUUCACUAGGGAGGAAAUCAGUCAUUUGAUGGAGAUAUUAAAUUCAAGGGUGGACAAGGAGGAGGAGCAAAAAUCGAACAUUAAUGCUGAAGAAGAUGGUCAACUUGUUCCAUGGAGGCCGGAAAUACUCAUAACACCUUCUGAAGGGAGACAGAGAUAUACUGAGAGAACUGUGAUUGGCUAUUCUCGUGAAAAGUCAGAUGUUCCUGUUGGUGUAAGUGCUUCCCCAAUUGAUCUUGCUCGUGCAUACAUGUCUCGUCGUACCACUGAAGAAGGCCAAGAUCUUCAUAAUUCCAUAUCUAACAGUGAAAGAGCACAGCCAACAAAUGAGUUUACAAGAAAGCCACUAUCUUUUCCGUCACCUUCACCUAAGCCAUCCAUAUGUUGGCCUGGCUCUGUGGUGCACACACGUCAUGGUCUUACUACACCACUGGGUCAGAGGGGGAGGAGCAGGCUUCAAGAUUUUCCUAGAACCCCCUAUUCAAGAACCAUACUGUCAAAGUCCAAAACCAAGUUACAAGCUGCUAGUGAGUAUGCAAACACAUCAACUCCCUUUCGACAAUCUCGGGAAUCCCCCUAUGAGCAGGUGAAAUCAAGGGGUGAGACGGUUGAUGCUUAUGGUUCAGUGGGACCUAUUCGUCGUAUGAGGAAUAAAUUUGCUUCUGAAAUCCGUCCACGAGGAUCCAUUUUCCUGAAUUCGCCUAAAGAAAUUCCUCUUAAAGCCCCAACAACCCAAGAAUUCGAAGGUUUCUUAACUAGUGCAGAAAAGAAUAUUGUACCAGGUGAAACUAGCGGUGUACCUAAAUACUUGUCUGGGGAGAAUGUUUCACAACCCUCUGAUGUAGGUAUGUCUAGCACAAACUUAUCUGCUAGUCAGGCAGCUAGGAAAGCACUGGAAUUUCUCGAUAGAAACAAGCCAACCCCUAAGCAGAAGGAGGCUGAAUUGAAGUUGGUGACUGGAUGGGGAUCUUCUAUUGAUGCAACUGAUGUCAGUAACGUAGAAAAUAGAAGCUCAGCACAUGUUGAAGACCCUGUUUCCCACAAGAAUACUGAUAUUUCUGGCCCAAAUUUCCCUAUGGAAUUCAAUAAAAGUAGCAGUAAGUUUAACUUUUUAGGAAAUUCUCAUGCCAAAGGAAUGAAUGAAGCAAGAGAUGAAGCCACUGGAAUCACUAAAGGUUCUAGCUCAAUUUUUGGUGGCUCUUCGAACAGCACUCCAGGUGCAGAUACAAUUCCUCUUUUCGGUCAUAAAAGAACUUCUGGUCCUCAGCCCCGAAAUUGGAAUAAGUCCUUGUUGCAGAAUGCUCUUACCAUGACUAAUGAUAGAGAGACCGAGACAGGUUCGAAGUUUUCUCUUCCUCCUCUAAGUAAUGGACAGGAUGCAAAGACAACUACUGAAGCAGAAGCUUUGAAAAGUCACGGGAUGAAACCUUCAUUGCCGUCAAUUUUUACCCAGAGGACUAUACUACGUGCAGCUUCCUCGGACAAUGGACUGGGGUUCACUUUCCCUGUUUCUGCUUCUGCAGGUGUGCUCUCAGAACCGCCAACGCCUUCUAUCAUGCCAUCUUCUUUAGCAAAUUUAACAUCGCAACCAAGCGAUACUCCUAGUAUUCCUUCUUACGGUUUUGGCUCUAACAAGUCAGCACCAAGUGUAGUUUUCUCGUUUCCAUCGACGACAAGUAGUGCAUCAAACCAAGAUGAUUCUGAUCUUAUAUUUAGUUUUGGAUCGGACAAGGGUAGGUUGUGUUUUAGCUCUUUUAAAGAUGAUUCCAUUUGUUAUUAAUCUGCAGGCCUUUAUAUUCAGAUAUAAGAUUUGACCUUUCUAUAUUUUGGAUAGGUAUAAUUGAUCUA